AUGGUUGAGUUGGCCAAAGCCUUUGCCCCGUUGGCUGUUUCAAAUAUUGACUCGACCAUGAUACCUAAAUCAUUCAAUACUCACCACUACAAGAACCCAAGAAGAGAUCAUUCAGAAAACUCUUCUAAACCCGAAGUUGUAAACCAUUCAACACCAAAGUAUAUCACAAUUUUAGUUGCAAUAACAAGAAGAGAGAUCAUUAUAGGAGUGGACAUGGCCCUUCAAGCUUCAAGCUUUUUGUGUGCUUCUGGUUCUGUGUCAUCCCGGCAUCAAAGAAGAAACAUUACAGCCACUAUCAGUCUUCCUAAACUCCGGACAAGUAAUCUUUCCCAGCCAAAACUUCCAACUAGAGGUUUGGUGGAGGAAUUGGCGUUGNCCUCCCGGCAUCAAAGAACAAACAUUACAGCCACUAUCAGUCUUCCCAAACUCCGGACAAGUAAUCUUUCCCAGCCAAAACUUCCAACUAGAGGUUUGGUGGAGGAAUUGGCGUUGAGUAGUGCAACUACCACCAAAACUUACCUUGAAAGACAGUCGAAUUCGCCUAAGAAUAAUACUAGCCCUAGGCUUCAACCUCAAGCCAAUGAUUCUGAUCCCAUGGUUAUUGCAAAGCUAUAUGCAAUAAUGGAGGCUGUCGCGGAUAGAGUGGAGAUGCACAAGAAUAUUGGAGAGCAAAGAAACAAUUGGAACAGCCUGCUUUUAACAUCCAUCAAUGCAAUCACUCUUGCUGCUGCAACCAUGACUGGAAUUGCAGCGACAAGUUCUAUCAGUGCUCCUAUGAUGGCGGUGAAGACCGCUUCUACUCUAAUGUAUUUGUCAGCAACAGGGAUGCUGUUGAUUAUGAAUAAACUUCAACCAUCUCAACUUGUCGAAGAACAACGAAACGCUUCAAGGUUGUUCAAGCAGCUUCUUGGACAGAUUCACACUCUUGUGUCAAUUGGUAAUCCUACAGUUGUUGAUGUGAAGGAAGCAAUGGAGAAAGUCUUGGCUCUUGACAGGGCCUAUCCUCUUCCUCUAAUCGGCGUGAUGCUUGAAAAAUUCCCAUCUGCAGUGGAGCCUGCAGUGUGGUGGCCCCAACAACGACGGAGAAAAAUGAAAGGGAAUAAUGGGAAAAUGGAUUGGAAUGGUUGGAAUGGAAAGUUGGAAGAGGAAAUGAGAGAACUAGUUGGGAUUAUGGAGAGGAAAGAUAAAGCAGACUAUUUGAGAUUGGCUGAAAAAGCAGUGAAACUGAACAAAGCAUUGGCCUUAGCCGGUCCAUUACUAACAGGUCUAGCAGCAGUUGGGUCUGCUUUUGCAGGAUCUUCUUCACUUGGUGCUUGGGCCGCGAUGCUUGGUGUCGUUGGUGGCGCUUUGGCAAGCAUAGUGAACACAGUCGAGCAUGGCGGGCAAGUAGGGAUGGUGUUUGAGAUGUACAGGAGCAACGCUGGUUUCUUUAGGCUGAUGGAGGAGUCCGUAGAGUCAAAUUUGAAUGAAAGUGAUGUGGGUAGGAGAGAGAAUGGGGAAUUGUUUGAAAUGAAGGUAGCUUUGCAGUUGGGAAGGAGCCUCUCAGAGCUAAGGGAUCUUGCAGCUUCAUCAUCUAGAAAGGGAGAGACUGAUGAAGAAUUUGCAAACAAGCUUUUCUAA